AUGACAUCAACAUUUGCUGGCUUUAGUGAAGAAGAUUUGGAGCGGAUAAAAUCGGGAGUUGUAAUAAAAGAAACUAAAAAUACAAAUCCAAGAAGAAUACAGCAAAUUGGAUUGAAGUCCAAAAGGAUUUCAGGUCACUCAGUUAGCUUACAAAAACAAGCAUCAGAUGAAACUGAUUUAGACUUUGAACAGUGUAAACUUAGUAUAUGUACUCCAACAUCGCCCGGGAGCAGUGUAAAUAUGAUCAAUGAGCAAAAAGUUGAAGAUAGUUCUAAAUAUAUCCAAGAGAGCAACAUUGAACAACAUUAUAAUGAAAGUGGCCGAAAAAUUAGUACAAAUAUAACACCAGAUGUUAUUAGACUGGAUAAUUAUAUAGAAAAUGAAAUGGAGACCCAUAAAGUUAAGCUGGAAGAGCUUCAGCUUAGACAGAAGUUAAUGGAAGAACAAAAUAAGAGAAGAAAAGAAAUGUUGGCAAGGGCAUUGGCUGAUAGGACGAAACAGACAGAGGAAGAGGUACAAAAACUAGAAAAGAUAAAGAAAGAACUGCAAGUGUUGGAUGGGCAAUUCUCACAAGAUGUGGCUGUUUUAAGGAAGAAGAUAGAUCAGGCUUGUCUUUGUUACUCUGAAGCAGAAAAACAUUACUUAAGAGUGGAAAAAGAAUUCCUUCAGGCGAAAAUCAAUCUUCAAAAGGAGAAAGAGAAAAAGGAAUUGCUAACAGAACACUUGUGCGCGCUAAUCACUCACAACGAGACAAGAAAAGCACAAAAACUAGAAACUCUAAUGCUUGAACUUGCCAAUGAUAAAAACAAUGCCAUAAACGGUAUGGUUAAUGCUGCCAAUGAUGACUUUGAUGUUUCAAAGCCAAGUGAUGACGUACCGGAAAUAAUAGAUGGUGUCGAUCAGAAAACAGGAAAGAUGCUAGAAAUGUAUGAAGAUGAAUUAAGUGAACAAUAG